GUAGCCAGGCAUUCACUCACUGCUAUCCUUCUCCCCCAUAAGAGAGGUCACCACCACCCCUGGAUGGAUUAGCCCCGCAGCGUUUCCUUGGGGGCUAGAGGGGGAGGGGAGCUGGGAAAGUUUCUCUUACUGCCCCCUUUGCUACGACCAAAAAAAAUUUUUUUCUAGAAUGGCGUGCUGGAAUUUCCUCUCAGGAAGGCUGGACUUUUGCAAAUUCUCUCCUGUGCUUGGGUAUCUGCCCUGGUCAGCACUCUCCAGCCCCCCUUUCUCCGCCCCCUUCCCCCAUGGCCAGAGGAAUCUGGGCAGGUUAACUGGCUUUCCUGGCUCCACAGCCCAUACGGAGGUCUGUCUGCCUCUUACUGGAUGCACAGGUAUGCUGUUACCGUUGAAUGAACGAAUGAACGAAUGAAUGAAUGAACCAACCAACCAACAAACAGAACUUCCAGCUGUGCAGUUUUCUUUGGGCCUCGGGAGACUCCCCAGUCCAAACUGUGGUUGUUGGUGUUGACAGUCAAGCUUCUCCCUGAUUCGAUCCUUGGCUCAGAUUCAAGGACUUCUAAAGAGAGCUUCUUUCCCAUCCCUGUUGUCAGCCCAGUGAACCAAUGUGUAUGCAGUCCAUUCAGAUCUAGCCUUCACCUAAUAAGCACACCUGCUGAGGCUCAGACCUGCCUUCCAGAGGCAGGUCUGAAGAGCACCUCUCUCUGUUUCCACUUUUGGAGCAGCCAUGGCCCCUUGCAGCACUCCAGGAGAGAAAGGAGAAUCCUGAAGGAGAAUCCUGAAGCGGACUCCGCACUGAGCAUGGAGCCUGAGGGGCUUGAUCCUAGGACCUUGAGUUCAUGACCUGAGCCAAAAUCAAGAGUCAGACACUUAACCGACUGAGCCACCCAGGCGCCCCAGAGAAGCACUAUUAACUGGAACAAUUUGUGCUGCCUUUAUUGUCCGCCAGAAUUGUAGAAGAAGACUUUAAGAAUCAAGAAAAUAAUAAGACACUUCCAAAUGGAAAGUUUUGGUGCCAAGGAAUCUCCCUUUCCUCAAUGAAAUAGGGUUUCCUGAUGUCCUUUAAGGAUCAAGAACGGGGCUGGGCACAUGGUGUGCACUAAGGAAGGACUGGAUUGAAUUGAGCCCCUGCAGAACGUGGACUCUUUGGAGGCAUUGAAUUUGGCCUCUGGGUGAAUACUUACCUUGGAUUGGCCCACUUAGCAGUGAACAGCAAUGGGCCAAAAGGGACAUACCAAGUUUCAACAAAGCAAAUCAAACAUUCCAGGAACCAGCUCAGUUAAACUUGAGAAAGGAAUAGUGAUUGAUAAUGAUGAGAUUUGUGAUACAGUCGGGCAAUCAAAAUUUGUUCUGAAGAACCUUCAGCAUUACACGGUCCAUCCGAAUUUGGCCCAGUACUAUGAGCCUUUGAAGCCCACAGCCCUGCAGAAAAUCCUGGCUCGAAACAGGAAAAUCAGAAGCUUCAUGUUAAAAGUAGCAGAGUACGAUCAGGAUAAGACCUUACUGAUUAUGACCAACAACCCACUUCCCUGCCCAACUGACCAGCAAGGAAAGGACAUGGCCCCAAAAUACUUUUCCAAGGAGUUGCUACUCAAGGAAAGUUAUCGGCACAAACCCCCUGAGAACUUCUGCCUACCCCUGAUGUCUCAGAAAAAAAAGUUAAGGUCUGGGCUGAAACCAACCUUUCCUAUGACUCUGUUGGAGGAUCCUACAUCCAAGCGAGAACAGUGGUUUAGGUUUUCCACCAACAAUGAUUUCAAGAGUGAAGGGAAGUAUUUAAAGGUCUAUGCUUUGAGGAAACAGAAAAAAAUGUACCCCCAGCUCAACUUUGCUUCAGUCUGUAAAAGAGAUAUGAGGAAAGAUGUCGCCAAGUCAGGAAGUGACCUGCCGACUUCCAAGCUGAUGUGGGAACCACUAACCCUUUCGUCGCUCCUGGAAGAGAAACUCACCAGAACUGUGCCAGGGGAGAGCACCUUCCGCAAUGGAAGGGCCCAGCAGUGGGUUAUAAAAAACGCCACAGUCGUCAAGUGAAAACAAACCCUCC